AUGCCCACAGUUGAGUGUUACCUGGGUGGCAAAGGACUGCCCCAUAAGCCUCAUGAUGGUGGGUUCUCUUCCUGCAACAGCCCCUCUAGCAGUGCCAAGGUCAAAGCAGAGACAACUGGUGUCUUAGCUGAGAUGUAUGGAAUAUUGGAGUUGUCCACUCACACAGUUUUCAAUCUGCAGCAUGAAUCAAAGAGUCAGCUGAAUCAUGUGGCACUUCUCCUUCUUGAUGUAGCAUGUGCACAAUGCAAAGUCAUUUGUGUGGAACAAGCUCUGGCCACAUGCAUCACCCAUGAAUAUGAAUCAAUGGCCAAGUUGUACAAGUACAAGGUGGGCAGUGGUGAGAUCUUGAUAGGCACAGUUAUUGAGCAUGCUGGUAGUCAAAUACUCACCAUUUGUCUAGACUAG